AUGUUGAAGUCGUGUAGGUUCUGGCCGUUCAAGAUCGUCAACCUCACGCUGCUCUUUUGCACGGCCUUGUACUUUCUCAGCACCGAGCUCCGCGAGCUGCGCGGCGACACGGCGGCCCUGCUUGACCCGACGGACAAGAGUGGUCAGCGCGUCCGCUGGUCGUCGUCGACGUACCUCACGUCGUUUGUCAACUGGUACCGCCUCGUGGUCUACUUGAUCAUCGCGAUUGGCUAUGUGCCGUGGGAAAUCGGCGCGUACGAAGCGAACGUGCCGACGUUCUGGCACGUUUGUCUAAGCACGUUUCUGUCACUCUCGCUGUGGGUACUCUCGCUCGAGUUUUUACAAGUGCAUCCAACGACCGGCUACCUCUUGCCUAUGAUCCGGGGCCUCCUCAUUGACGUCGGCAACUUCAUUUUGCUCUACGGCGUCUUGCAAUGGGGGCUUUCGUGUGCCUACCUCCACAUUGUGCAGCACGAACCAGACGCCACGGGGUUUGGCAUUUGGUUUCGCGCGUUUACGUUUGCGUAUUUUGUGCUCUUUGGGGAAUUUCGACUCGACGAAAACUUCAAGUCGGACGACAGCGUGCUCUUGACAUUCUUCCGCAUUCUCGCGCAGAUCCAAGCCGCCAUCGCGUCCGUCUUGCUCAUGAACAUGCUCAUCGCGAUGAUGAACAAGCGCGUGCUCGAAGGCCUCGAGAAGGCCAAAAUUCAAGCCCUCGCCAGCUACGCCAACUGCAUCCUUCGGCUGGAAAUGGCCAUGUCGCCGUCGACGCAGACCAAGGUCAUGCACCUCGCCGAUGUCGACGGACACGAGUGCUUGAACCCGCUCUUCUUUACGCCUCUAGCCCGAACCGAGGUGGCGCUGAGCCCUGACGAUUUGGUCACACUCGACACGUUAAAAACGCACCAGCUGUCGUGGCGCCGGGUCCUCGAGAGCCUCCAGUCGCUGCUGCUGGAAGAGCUCGAGACGCCUCUUCUGGAGACGUGCGAGCAGCAACUGACAGCGCAGUUCAGCCUCUUCCUGCACAAGCCGCAUGUGAAUCUGCUCAGCGCGCCGCGCCUCUUGGCGCAGCUGGUCCUCUCGCUCUCGGCGAUCCUCUCGACCGUCGACGGGCUGCGUCCGCACCACAUGGCGCACCUCGAGCAGCACGUCUGGCCCGCGUUUCAGGCGAAGGGUGCGCAGCUGGCGGCGACGGCCCGCGACGCCUUGAACUACGAGGCGGCGACUGGCCACUUGGCCGUGGAGCGGCAGCUGCGAGCGAUGGACGAGCGCCAUCAGCGGCAGCUCGAGGCGCAGCAAGCCGUCUUUGCGGAACAGCUCCAGACGCAGCGGCUUGCGACUGACGCGCAGCUGAUGGCGAUGGAGAGACGGUAAGGCGCGGGGCAUUCCCUCAGUCCGUGCAUGAACUCGCAACCAUGGUG